UAAAUACACUGUUUAACACUAAAUCACACAACAACGCUCUGCUCCACUUAAGUACAAAGUGUCUUUAAAGUUCCAAUAAUAAUGAAUUUAUUUGCAAUAAUGAUUUUGCUGGUUUCCGUUGAACUAAUUAAAACGCAAGGACCACGUUUUGGACCAAAUGGUAUAAAAGAAAUGAACAUAAACCCAGAACACUUUAACGAAUGUAUUAAUUGUAUUGAUGAUAAAGCAAUGCUUUUGAUAAAUACUCGGCUAAAAGAGUAUGAACAUUCAAACAAAACGAGCUGCGACAUUUCCCAAAGUAACUUGAAGGAAUGGUGUAUACAAAGAUUAAAGAUCAUAUUAAACGAGACAGAUUCUGUUUGCAAGAUUUAUCCAGUUGAAUGUGAGUGCUUGAAGUCGUGUCACCGAAUAAAAUGAAUAAUGGCUGAUUGUUUGUAUAAACCGUCAACCAAAACACCAGGCUUUGUAUCAGUCACUUUUUUUGUACAAAAAUCUUAACACUGAUAUUGUUAGUUAUAGCUAUGAUUAUUAUUUGAUUAAAAUGUUUUAAAAAUAAUAUUUUGUAAUUAAACAACAAAAAUAUAUUCAAAUUUUUAUGUUUUUAUCAUUUUAUUAUUUUUUGUCGCUUUAAUUUUGCGUAUUAAAAUAUAAA